UCCACCUCGUAAAACUUUUUCCUUAAGCCUCCGCAACUUCUAUAUAUGUCUCAAUAACAUAGAGCAAAUCAACUCGAAUCGAUCGUAUGUUUUCCUUCUCUUAAGCUUUUCUUGAAAAAGAAGUACUUGCCCAAGAAAAAAAAAAAAAAAAAAUGACCGUAUCACCCACUUUUUCCACGGCCAAGAGCAGCAGGGUUCUGAUCAUUGGAGCCACCGGCUUCAUCGGUCACUUUGUAGCCGACGCCAGCGUCGACUCCGGUCGACCCACCUAUGUUCUCGUCCGCUCUAGUGUCACUAGCCCCAGGAAGGCUAAAAUAAUCCAGCAACUUCAAAACAAGGGCGCUGUAGUAUUAUAUGGAUCAAUAAGUGAUAAGGACAUAAUGGAGAAAAUAUUGAAAGAGUACGAGAUUGAUAUCGUGAUUUCAAGUGUUGGUGGUGAGAAAAUAUUGGACCAGCUCCAUCUGGUGGAGGCCAUUAAAGCGGUUGGUACUGUUAAGAGAUUUUUGCCGUCGGAAUUUGGACAUGACGUGGACAGAGCUGACCCGGUGGAACCAGGGCUCAUCAUGUACCAAGAGAAGCGCAAAGUCAGGCGUUUAAUUGAAGAACUUGGUGUACCUUACACCUAUAUUUGUUGCAAUUCAAUUGCUUCUUGGCCCUAUUACAACAAUCACCACCCUUCAGAAGUUCUUCCUCCGUUGGAUCAGUUUGAAAUCUACGGAGAUGGCAGCGUCAAAGCUUACUUUGUUGCCGGCACUGAUAUUGGAAAAUUCACAAUGAAAAUUGCUGAUGACAUCCGAACUGUAAACAAGUCGGUUCAUUUUCGACCACAACCCAAUUGUUAUAACAUUAACGAGCUUGCAUGUUUAUGGGAAAAGAAAAUUGGAAGAACUUUACCAAGAGUCACUGUUUCUGAGGAUGAUCUCCUAGCUGCAGCUGCAGAGAAUAUCAUACCACAAAGUGUUGUUGCAUCGUUCACACAUGAUAUUUUCAUUAAGGGCUGUCAAGUUAAUUUUUCAGUUGAUGGUCAUGAUGAGAUUGAAGUGAAGGAUCUCUAUCCUGAUGAGCAAUUUCGUAGCUUGGAUGAUUGCUUCACUGACUUCGCCCACCUGUUAAAGGAAAAAUCUAUGGAGGCUGAUGAGAAGUCACUGCCAUCAACUCAACUACCCACUCCGAUUUGUGCUUGAUAGGAGUAAUAUUGGAGUUACAAACAUCUCUAGCUAACUUUUCUUUCGUAAACGUUACGUGUCAGUUUAUAAUUGGUUAGUUUAUAUGAGUCUCACCUGUCCAACAAUAAGUUCCGUCUAAUCAAACUAAUUACAAACUGUCACAUAAGGUUAGUGAGAGGUGUUAGUGAGAGAGAUUUAUGAGACUAGUAAUAUUGUCUUGAUAAUAAUUUAUUUUACUAUUUUCCUUGUUAUUUUUAA